ACGAAACCAUGGGCAUGCACACUGCGUGGUACCGGUCUAUGGCCAUGGCCACAAUCAUGUAGGCGGAGGCAAACAUCCCAACCACCUGCAGGUACUUGACGGUGCGGCAGAGGAAGUCCGAGCCACGGAACCUGCGCGUAAUCUCAAUGGAGAGCUGCGGUAGAACUUGGAAGAAGGCGACCACCAAAUCCGCCAGGCACAGAUGCAGGAGGAACAGAAAAGUGGAUCCACAGCAAAGAUUCAGUAAAGAUAAUUUGUGUCCAAAAUGGAGCGAGCUGCGUCUGCCAUGGAUGGUGCAAAAAUCCAAACAAACAUUUUAGCUUAAGCCCUUUGCCUCAGUUAUUUCUCCACCCAUGUUCCUGUUGAGUCAUCAGACGCAUGUCCCGACUCAGGUCCACCAUCAACAGUGUAACCAAGGCUUUUGGCAGCACAGACCUCAUGUCCAAGUUCACUCGGCUCAAGCCUGUCAUUUGCACAGCGGACAGCACCCAUACUGGGAAAGGUCUGAUCCAAGCUGAGGCUCUAAGCUCCAGCGACACCUCUCCACCUCAGACCACAAUGGAAGAAGCAGAAGUUGGUGGAAAAAGCAAAGUGGUGGACGAGUCUGAUUAUUCAAACGAGCAAAUAAACAAAAAUCCUUUUGUUGCCACAAAGAAGUCAUCCAGUGUACCUACGUCUGCCCCCGGCUCUUCCUCAACCGUGGCGAAACAAACGAUGCAGCUUCUACAGCCAGCAGCUCUGUCUACUAACCUGGAUGAGACAUACAAUUCCCUGUCCCAUCACAUCAGCAGUUAUUUUGGCUCGGACAUACAAGAAGACGGGGAGCUCAGGCAACUGCAGCAAAAACAGGAUACUGUAACUAAACCUCUUCCUCACACAUCCUCUCUGGAAACUGCGGACCGCAUUCCUGUUUUGUCUCCAGCAUCAGAGACAAAGAGUAUAGAAGCACCAUCCACCUCUCCAUUAGACAAGCCCAUUCCAGCUGCGGACGUCCCUCCUGCUGAAGCCUCGGCCUCCCUGUCUGUUUCUGAGCUGACUCCCCCCUCAAAGAAAGGCUUCACACACUAUCUGUCCUACCCUCGGCCCAGCGUCCAGGCAUUUGUCGACAGCUACAUCGCACCUCUGGUCCCUAAAUUUAGAGUUGAUUCCAAAAGAGCCACAGAUGACAAGGAAACAUCGUCAGCUGUCUAUGUGGGUGUCCCUACUGUGGACAAGGCGACGGAGAGGACAGAGAGUGAAGAAGAAAAGGCGGAGAAGGCGAAGCAACAGCUGCUAAGUCAAAGGGAGAAGAUAAUAGCGAGAGUUAGUCUAGACAACAGGACCAGGUCUCUGGUGAAAGGUCUGCAGAAGGUCACCGAUGUCACACUUCUCACUGCUCGAGUGGAGGAGCUCAGUUUCCACCUGCUGGAGUUCCCCGAGACCCGAGGCGUCGCUGUCAAAGAGAGCGUGGUGCCUUGCCUGCUGAGACUGCGCCAGGCCAAAGACCUUCCUCUGCAGGCGGCUGUAAGGGAAGCUCUGGCUGUGGUUGGCUACACAGACCCGGUGAAGGGCAGAGGAAUCAGGGUGCUGUCCAUAGAUGGAGGAGGCACGAGGGGUCUUCUAGCUCUGCAGACUCUUCAUAAACUACAAGACCUGACAGGAAAACCAAUCCACCAGCUCUUCGACUACAUCUGCGGCGUCAGCACAGGCGCCAUCUUGGCUUUCAUGCUGGGGAUUUUUCAGAUCCCCCUGGAAGAGUGCGAGGACAUGUACCGGAAACUGGGCUCGGAUGUCUUCAAGCAGAACGUCAUCGUCGGAACGGUGAAGAUGGGCUGGAGCCACGCGUUCUACGACAGCGAAAUCUGGGAAAACAUCCUCAAAGAACGAAUGGGUGAGGGCAGCAUGAUUGAGAGUGCCAGAGACCCACACUGCCCAAAAGUGUCAGCAGUGAGCACCAUUGUCAACAGAGGCUCGCCUCUGAAGGCCUAUGUGUUCAGAAACUACAGACUCAUGCCCGGAGUGAGGUCCCACUACCUUGGAGACUGCAAACACAAGAUGUGGCAGGCCAUCAGGGCCUCGUCCGCUGCUCCGGGAUACUUCCAGGAAUUUGUCCUGGGAAAAGACCUUCAUCAGGAUGGAGGACUUCUCAUCAACAAUCCCACAGCUUUGGCCAUCCACGAGUGUAAGUGUCUGUGGCCAAACACACCUCUGCAGUGCGUGUUGUCUCUGGGAACUGGGAGGUACGAGACUGCAGGCACCAGCAGCACCACCUACACGAGUCUGAAGACAAAGCUGGCUCACGUCAUCAGCAGUGCGACGGACACCGAGGAGGUGCACACCAUGCUGGAUGCCCUCCUGCCCCAGGAUACCUACUUCCGCUUCAACCCCUACAUGAGCGAGGACGUCCCGUUGAACGAAAACCGGAAGGAGAAGCUCAACUUACUGAAAAGCGAAGCCGAACGCUACCUGGAGCGCAACGAGGCCAAGCUAAGGAAGGCGGCGAGCGUGCUGGGCCAGGAGAAGGGAGCUAUCCAGAGACUGGCCGAGUGGGCGAAGCUGAAAGCCAGCAUGUACGAGGGAAUCCCCUUCAGCUCCAAGCUGUAGUCAGAAGCCUGGAAAAGGGACUAAUGUUAGAAAAAUUCUAGAGGAAAACAAUCUGGCACAUUUUAGGCAUUUUUUGGGAAUUGUAUUAAAUGUCAAACAUUUACAUUUAAAAGCUGCUUAUGAAUUAGGCUGAUAAUUGACCUAAUUAGUAAAACAGUACACACAGUCAGCACCAUGAUCAAAUCGUUGUGAUUAACAAAAGAAAAAAAAUAGAAAAAUACUUUCUAAAAACAAAAGGCUGUCUGUGUGAAACACAUCAGCAGCGUGAUUCUUUUCAACAAACUGCUGAUAUUUCUUCUCAGUAAGUUGAAUAUUUUAUGGUAUAAUGACGUGGCUGCCUAUUUGUAAUAAAUUACUAAAUGUGCACUUUGUAGGAAAUAAUUGUAAAUAUUUCAAAUGAGGAUGAAUGCCUUGGAGUUCCUCUUGUCUUGAAAUGUGCUCUCACGCUGAAGUAUGAUUGUUAUAAUCAUGAGUAUGAAGCAUGUUCUAAAACGUUUCUUUUUUAAACAUUUUUAUUUGAUGGAUGCACCUUUUACCUCAUGAGAUCCUGACUGAUGUAAUCCCUGCCUUCUACAUCAUUUAAGAGUCAAACUAUUUCACUAAAGAAUAAAAUUACACAUAACAUCUUAAA